UAGAUCUAGGCUAUUUUUAUGGAAUGGCAAUCGAUAUCCUCCUACGUUACUCAAGCUCCAUGUCUUGAAUUAUUGAUGAGGAAUUCUUGAGCUAAACCGUCACAAAAGGACAUUGGAUUAAUGCUGGCCAUUCUACAAUAAUAUUGUCCGUCGAUUUAUCAGGGAUAAUUGCUUGAAAUAUCUGGAAAACUGGGCAUUGCAGUGGCAUUGCCGGUUGUGGAUUUUCAGGGAGAGUGGUCCAUGCACGCACGGCAUUGCAUGCCUUCGUUGUGAUUAGAAAUUCGACGCCAUAAUAAUACAGGCCGAAUGCACUGCUUUGGAAGGUUUUGCUGUGUACAACAGAAGGCGACGCCACGACAUCCGCAGUGCAUGCACACAAUCUACAUGUAGCCGCCAGCUUGCUGCCGACUGCAAAUGAUAUUGAUGUCGCCGUGCUUUGCAAAUCCAUCCAGACCGUAGUAUAAACACCACACAAAAGAAUGGGCGACCAAGAGGUCUCACAAGCAGCCGUCCCUAAUGAGUCCGCAGCUGCACCUCCCGCCCCAACAGAGGCUGCCGCGGAUGGCGGGGGAGGAGGAGGCAUUGGAGGUGCCUUUGCAAAUGCGGGCACCAACAUGAAGAACAAGAUAAGCGACGUGAUGGAUAAAAUUCCUCUUCCAACAUGGGCUGUGGUAGCCAUUGCCAUUGUGGCAGGCCUUAUACUCCUCUGUUGCUGCUUCUGUAUCUGUAAAAAAUGUUGCUGUAAGAAGAGGAAAAAGAAGGAAGGCAAAAAAGGUCUAAAGGGGGCCGUCGACCUGAAGAGCGUCCAGAUGCUGGGCAACAGUUAUAAAGAGAAGAUCCAGCCUGAUGUCGAUGAUCUAGAUAACGGAGGGGACGAAGAAGGCGAUACCGACUCCGUUAAGUCUGAGAUCAAGCUCGGAAAGCUACAGUUCUCGCUGGAUUAUGACUUCCAAGAAGGAAAGCUCAAUGUUGGUGUCAUGCAAGCAUCGGAGCUACCAGGGAUGGACUUCUCAGGGACAUCGGAUCCCUACGUCAAGGUUUACCUCAUGCCAGACAAGAAGAAGAAGUACGAAACCAAAGUCCACAGAAAGACCCUCAACCCAGUCUUCAAUGAGACCUUCACAUUCAAGGUGCCAUACAGUGAAGUGUCGAGUAAGACGCUGGUGUUCGCCAUUUACGAUUUUGACCGAUUCUCCCGCCAUGACAUCAUAGGGGAGGUCAAGGUCAAACUAAGCCAGGUUGACCUGGGCAGUGUCGUUGAAGAGUGGCGCGACCUCCAGAGCGCUGAGGUACCAGGAGGAGAGGGCAAGUCAGAGCUGGGAGACAUUUGUUUCUCCUUGCGUUACGUCCCCACUGCAGGCAAGCUGACUGUGGUCAUCUUAGAGGCCAAGAACCUCAAGAAAAUGGACGUCGGUGGACUAUCAGAUCCAUAUGUGAAGAUCUCCCUCUACAUGAACAACAAGAGGAUGAAGAAAAAGAAGACCACCAUUAAGAAGAGGACACUGAAUCCUUACUACAACGAAUCCUUUGGCUUUGAGGUGCCAUUCGAACAGAUUCAGAAAGUGACGUUGGUGGUGACUGUAGUGGACUAUGAUCGCAUGGGCAGCAGCGAACCUAUCGGGAAAGUAGUACUUGGAUGCAAUGCCACAGGGGCGGGACUCCGUCACUGGAGCGACAUGCUGGCGUCGCCACGGCGACCAAUCGCCCAAUGGCAUACACUCCAAGAACCCGAGGAAGGGAAAUAAGUAGACAAAAAAUUACAACAAAAGCUAAUUAAAAAUGAUCAGUUAGAGUAAAGAAUGAUUUUAUCUAAGUGAUUCAAAAUAUUUAACGAGCCCUGUGAGAGGGAUUUUGGAUUUUAUGAUUAAUCGUUAAUUUUGGACACAAAGAGGACCAUUACCAAUGAAUUUAUACACACCUAUGACAUCUUAUUCAUAUGACACACACCUGUGUGAAUUGUGUACUGUUACAAUUACUCUGAAUCAAUGGCGUUAUGCCUCUGUAGGUAUCAACAAAGGAGAGACAUAAAUCCACAUCCAUUCCGCAUUGGUUCAGAAGUAACAUCAAAUUUGUGUGGCAUUAUCGAGGAGCAGUUAUAAUAUCACAAUCCAACGUGCUGAUUUUGCCACCGUUCGGUCCAUUCUCGGUAUUGGUUCUCUUUGUUAUUAAACCGCGUACCAGAUCUGAAAUGAUCGUGCGUUUUCAGCGCGAGAUUUUCGGAACUGGUCCGCCAGGGUUUCAAAUCUAGUUUGAAUGAAAAUAAACUUAUAUAAAGCCUGUAAGGAAAGCCUAGCUGCCUACGCCAUUGUAUUUGCUCAAGUCGGAAAUCUGUGAGAUUUCAAAGCAAUUCUUAUUCUAUGUUUUAUCUGUUUGAUGUUACUUUUUAUUGAGCCCACCCUAUUUAGAUUCAUUGAGGGGAGAGAGUGCAAAUUCGAAAUCCCCUUUUUGGGUUGGUAUGGGAGGUGCUCAAUUUUAGCAUGCAGUUGAUUUAGUAAAUCUUUAGGCUGGUUUUCAUCUGUGUAUGCUUCAGAGCCGUUUACAUAUGGCAGAGUAGAAGCCUUAUCUUAUAUUCUCCUUCUGUAUGCACUCAGUCAAGCUUUGCUCUGCUUCUGUUGAUAAAAGCUUUUUCAAACCAAAGCCACCUAUAAUGAUGUAGACAAGAUCGAAAGCUUGUGAGAAGAGGAAUAUCGCGAUACCACCGCUCCAAUUUCAGCAAAGAAAAGCCAGCCUAAAGAUUUUUAACCUUUAAUCAGUACCUCAGUUUCUGUUUUAUGUUUUGAUGUAUUUAUUUUGCUUGGUAUUCAUCAUGCCGAAGCACAGCGGAGCUCGAAAGAAUGCACUUUGCUUUGCUUCGGUUUGAUUGAUUUUAUACAAAAAGAAAACAGAAUAAAUGGUGUGAAAAUCGAUGAUCGCAGAGCCUGAGUCCAGCCAGCUUCUGCGAUCUCUUUCAUACCGGUGACCCUUACCCCACCCCGCCCUUCUCCUUACCCUUCCUUAAAUGUGAUAGCUGAUUAGUGCCCCCUCCCCUUCACCCCUACCUCUUUUUCACCCAUUAAUCCUUUGUUUCGUUAGCGCGUUUUUAAGUUCAGUGGGGAACGGAUAAAUUCUUCAGUGUGUCUGCUGAACCGUGGAUACCUGUGAGUGUGAACUAGUCUUUUGUCGAAUAGGAACGCAACACAGAAAACAACCGGAUCUCGCAGGGUUGGCAUCUCUUUAACCACAUCAACAGAUGCAUGGGGUUGCUCCUGUAUUACUACAGGAUAAUAUUCUAUCCAAUAAACUUCCAUUUGUUUUCCAUGAAUUUUAUGUGAUGACAGUUGCUGCUAUCUCCUAUGAUGAUAGCAUCUUAGCAUUUCAUUUGAACAAAAAACUGUUUUGAUAAAAAAAUGUAUCAAUUGACAGAAUCAUUCGCAAUUCUGAUUUAUGAUAUUUUAUAAAAAUAUCUAUGCCACCAACAGUACAAUUAAAGAUGAAAUACCAGUGCAAUUCAAUGAUGAUGGUGAGAGGACAAUUCAUUUUACUGGGAUCCGGUUGUUUAGUAAACGUUCAGUCAUCCUUUCUUCCUCCCCCACCUUCCCCGAGUUUUCUCGCUAAAACUCUUAUCAAACAGUUUCUGCUACAACAACAGAUAAAGAUGAAAUGACGCAAAGAUCGUCAGGCUAAAUGGACUUUCUAUGUUAAUGGGAUGUUGGCGGUUUAAUUACUAGAUUGGAAGAAUAAAAACAUCAAUGAAUUAUUUGUGCUGUCUCGGCAUUCAACCACCACUUGUCCUAAAAGAAAAAACAGGCAAAUCAUGAACUUUUUGAAAAUAGGUUUGGAAAACAUAUGACAGUUUUCAAUGACCUUUUAGCAGAAUACCAUUACUUGGGGGGUCAUGAAAUGAAAAUGGGAUGGGUUCGUUUUAUACUUGUAAACAUCACAAUCUUUGUUGUAGCAGAAUCUUUAAUAAUUCAACGAUAUUUGCGCUCAAUUACUCAAUGAGGUACAAUUGAUUUUUUGGCAGCGUUUAAGGAGAUUAAUUUUUAUCGUUUGCAAAUUGAAAGAUUGACAUCAACUUCAAGCCUUCAACGUAUCUCCAGUACCCCCCCCCCCCUCCCCCACCCCUGGAGAUUGAGUUGAGGGCAGGUUGGUUUAAAACUGGUUUUGAGCAUAGGCCAAGAGGAGUUGGAGAAAGAAAGAGGCUAAGAGGUAUCAUCUGUCCUUGGCUUAUGCUGAAAAAAGUUUUUUUUAAGAAAUUCAUGAAAUGAAUAAGUUUUUCAAAUACGUAAUGGGAGAAGCUUGUAUUAAAGCAGCUUAAAAAGCAGCUUUACAAACAUUUUUUAAAAGUGGUUUUGCCCCACCCCUCUCAUUUAAAACAUUUGUAAGAGGCUUUAGAGGUGCAAGCUUGCCAUAUAUAUAUAUACUAUUAAUAAUAUGUGUGCUGGGACUGGGAUGUUGACUUUCUAUGUCGGCAUAAUUCGGUGUACCCAUCAAGUUUUGCCCCGAUGUUCUAACAGCUAAAUUAAAUAACCAAUAUAUAUUUGCUGGAUCUAAUAGUGUUUAAUCUGCUCUUUUAUUUGAAGAUAAAAGAUAUAUGAAUGAAAUUCACAUGAUGGUAUUGUGAACUGAGAAGAAAAAAAAGAGAAUUGUGCAUAUUUUGCCAUGCCAAACUAUAUUUAUUGUUAGGGAAAAAGUAAAUACAUGUAAUUAACCAGUUCUGUCUCUUUUGUAAAUACGUCUUUACCAUGAAGUCUAUCAUAUAUAUUUAUUAACAAUUUUUAAUUAGUGAAUGGCAUAUAAUCGUAUAUCAUUACCUACACUCAUGUUACUCCAGACAUAAUGUGUAUGGGUACUUACGCUAGGAUUUAAAUCAUUUCGUCGUCAUGAGUUGUAUAGCAUUUAGCAAUGCAAUAUGAUUUGUUUACUCUCGAUUUCAAAUGAAAGAGUACCGACUGAUAUGUACUUGUACGAUGUAUGUACGAAUCCUAAGGCCGUGCUACUUAUUAAGAGCCCUGUUUGCAUUUCAUGGUAUAAAAAUGCUAUAGGGACAGAUGUAGACUGCAAUAAAUAAGAAAAAAGUAUGUAUGGUUCUCGAUCUAAAUGAAUUUGUGCUGUUGUGACGUGAAUCAGAAUCUUGCGCUUGCAAAAUGGCAUCCAGGCAUCCAGCUAGACACAAUGAAAAUGGUACUUAAAUAAAGUCAGAAAUGUACAUGUACUCGUUAUAUUUCUAAAUAAUGAAGGCAUUGGGAUAUGGUUUUCAUGUAAACUCCAGUUUAAUUAACAAAAUGGAUAAAGUUCUGUGUGUUUUAUAAGAUUGAGAUUAUAUCAGGAAUGAUACGUUAAAAAAAUAUCCCUGUUUUCUCUACACUGACCAUUUUCUUUCAGGUGAUGUAUCAUGAAAUCUGUUCACUAUAAAUAUCUACUUAUGGUGAUAAUCUAACAGUCAAGCACAAAUUCUGUAUUUUUAAUUACAAUGUAAAAGAUAUUCACUUCAACACUGUCAUAUUAUGGUAAUAUUUAAACAGUCAACUAUUCAGCUUUAAGGUAUUCAGGUUAGACUAUUUAUUUAUUAUUAAUUAGAAUGUGAAAGAUUUUCACUUCAACACUGACAUAUGAAGGUAAUAUUCAAACAUUCACGAGAAAAUUAUCCAGGGAAGACUAAUUAUUUAAUGUAUUCAAAAUUAUCUUAUCUUUAUCAUACCAAUCUUAUUAUUCUCAUAGGGUAUUACGUGUACAAACAAAACACGCUAGACAGGACAUUUUUUAACAUAGACACAACACGAACAAUGUUUACAUUUUAUCAGCUGUAUAUUAAGUCUCUAAUUUCCUAAUCUUAUUUACCUAAUCUUUUUUUAUUUGAUUCAAAUGACUUUGUUCCCCAGCUUUUGUUUAUCUUUUCAACAAGAAUUAAAAGUAGGGAUGGAUAUUCAGAGAGAAUUUACAGUUAAUGUUAAAUGAUUGCAAUGUUGCAAUGUUAGAGCUUUGUUUGAAGCAAAUAAGAAGUUACCAAAGGCUUUCAUUUUGCAGUCUCACCUGCUUUUAAAAAUAAUUGCAGGAAGUUUAUAGCAGACCAGAGCUGAUGUGCUGGCAGUGAUAUUCAUCUAUUCAAUGGUCCUAUACUAACAUUAACAAAAACACCUGGAAUCGAGCCUGUGAAGAAAUCCUCUUGUUUGACUGGAGAGUAAUUUCUAGGUGAAAAUGUCCCCCAUGUGUUAGCAAAUAAUGUAGAUAUUGGAUGAGUUUGUGUGUGGUUACCCAGUGUUAUUUUGUGCAAAUUUAGGAGGAGAAACUAUUUGAUCGAUAUAACAAACCAUUUUAAGCUCAUAUUGUUUAUCAAAGCAAUAUAAUUUAGGCUCAUGAUUAUGAUAUUCCAAGUCACUGCU